AUGCUAGCAGAAAUGGCUCUGGCAAAGCCCAUUUCGAAAUUCAACACCUCAAUCCCAAGAAUCGGAAGCCCGAUUGGCCCGCAAUGCCGGAAUACCCGUUUCGCCGUGAGAAUGUCGUCCGCCGCGCCGUCAGCGGCGGCGGUCGGCAAGAAUAAGAAGAGCCAGAAGCAGGAAAUCAAGGAGACCCUCCUGACGCCGAGGUUCUACACGACGGACUUCGACGAGAUGGAGCAGCUCUUCAACGCGGAGAUCAACCGGAACCUGAACAUGGACGAGUUCGAGGCCUUGCUGCAGGAGUUCAAGACCGAUUUCAACCAGACCCAUUUCGUGAGGAGCAACGAGUUCAAGGAGGCGGCCGAGAAGAUCGAGGGCCCGAUGAGGGGCAUUUUCGUGGAGUUCCUGGAGAGGUCUUGCACGGCCGAGUUCUCGGGGUUUCUUCUGUACAAGGAGCUGGGGAGGAGGCUAAAGAAAACUAACCCUGUGGUUGCUGAGAUUUUCUCACUCAUGUCUAGAGACGAAGCCCGACAUGCUGGGUUUUUGAACAAAGGUUUAUCAGACUUCAAUUUGGCUCUGGACUUGGGAUUUCUAACAAAGGCUCGGAAGUACACGUUUUUCAAGCCCAAGUUCAUCUUCUACGCAACUUACUUGUCCGAGAAGAUUGGGUACUGGAGAUACAUUACGAUUUACAGGCACCUCAAGGAAAACCCCGAUUAUCAGUGCUAUCCGAUUUUCAAGUAUUUCGAAAACUGGUGCCAGGAUGAAAAUAGGCAUGGGGAUUUUUUCUCUGCACUAAUGAAGGCGCAGCCACAGUUCCUCAAUGAUUGGAAGGCGAAGCUGUGGGCCCGUUUUUUCUGCCUCUCGGUUUACGUGACAAUGUACCUUAACGACUGCCAAAGAACAGCUUUUUAUGAGGGCAUUGGCCUUGAUACAAAGGAGUUUGACAUGCAUGUCAUCAUUGAGACAAACCGAACGACUGCAAGAAUAUUCCCGGCUGUGCUGGAUGUUGAAAACCCGGAAUUCAAAAGGAAGUUGGACCGUAUGGUGGAGAUAAACGAGCAAAUACUUGCAAUUGGGGAGAGUGAUGAUAUCCCGUUUGUGAAGAACAUGAAGAGGAUUCCCCUUAUUGGGGCUUUAGCUUCUGAGUUGCUUGCUGCGUAUCUCAUGAAACCCAUCGAGUCUGGCUCGGUUGACUUUGCUGAAUGUCACUCUGUGCACUCGUCCGUUUCUAGGGUUCUACGGAUCGAAGCUGGUCGAAUUCAAUUCUUCAUUUUCUGGAACUGUAGGCUAUUUUUUUCUCCAGAAGCUAAGAUGGCUGGUUCAAGGGUAGCUCAUGUCACUCUAAAAGGACCAAGUGUGGUGAAGGAGAUACUGAUCGGGAUCGCGCUUGGAAUUGCUGCUGGUAGCGUUUGGAAAAUGCACCACUGGAACGAGCAGAGGAAAGUUCGGGAGUUUUACGAUUUGCUGGACAAAGGUGAAAUCUCCGUGGUUGCUGCCGAGGAAUAA